AUGUCCAAACGACGAAAAAAAAAGUUUAAAGAGGUGCAAGACUCAACUAGGAAGGACAUGGAGCGAACAUUUGGUGUACUCAAGAUGCGUUGGCAAGUACUAGCAAUCGGGGAACGAUCAUAUGAAGUGAAAAGUUUGCAACACGUAAUGUAUGUGUGCAUCAUAUUGCAUAAUAUAAUUCUUGAAGACAAAAGAAGAGCGAUAUGUCAAUACAACGAAAACAAAGGUUUACCAAAUGUUGAAGGAGUAACCGUUGGUACGCAAGAGUAUAUGGAAAAUAGAAGAGAAGUAUACGAUUGCGACAUUCAUCACGCCCUUCAUGUUGAUUUGGUGGAGCACAUUUAUAGGGCUCACAUUCACCCACCGACAGAGUAUUGA